AUGCCCACACAGGAGACGACUAUGGACAUCGGAAACCCGACCCCAGCGCAGCAAGCAACGCUCGAAGAGAUUCGCGCAGAGCAACGCGAACGAAUGCUCGAAGCUGCCAAAGAUCUCGGCGUGGAUCCCCCACAUGUCGAUCAUCUGCGCGACUACAUAGCGCAGAUGGCCAGAGAGUUUUUCGAAGAGGUCAUCCUCACGAAUUUCCCAGACGAAGCUGAGAGCUUCUUUUACCUCCUCGACAACAUCGAGGCAGUCAUGGAACACGACGCGCUCAGGCGAGCCGCGGGUGGCAGGAAAAAUAAGUCGUGGCGAGAUUCGCUCCCGCCCUCUCCAAUCAGCGAGCAUGUCCGCACGGUGGCUCUGGCUUCCCAAAAGUACGAAUCGAACGAUACCCGCGCCGCGCGAAGAGCGCGGCUGGCCGCAGCCACAGUCUCGGCGCUGAAAUCGGGGCAACUCGAGACGGCAUGGUCCGAAUGCUCCCGAAACGAGGACAUGACCUUUGUUGGGGCGGGUUUCAACAUCCUUUUGUUGAUGGCCUUCACAGGGCAUCUGAUGCCUACCCUGGCAUGGCUCGCGCCCUAUUUCAGGCAAGCAGAAACCAAUCUCUCCACUGAGGUCAACAAGCUGGUCUCGGGUGCGGGCGUUGUUUUCUGCGUCAGCACAGCUUUGGAGUUCUUCACCAUCAUCCUUCCCAACUCCAUCCAACGCAAACACAAGUACGCUGCGCUGAAUUUACUCACGCCAGGUAAGAAGCAUCCGAACUUCGGGCACCAAGCGUUCAGCAAGUACGCCCAUGACGAUAGCCGUAUUGAUGUGGCCCUGCUUGAGGAGCACUACCAGGAGCGAUGGUCUAUGGAACCAGAAGACCAAGACAAGCUCUACCAAAACAUCCAACAGGAUCUUGGGGACGUGAACGUCAUGGUUGCGGAUCGGCACAGGGAGGCGCUCCUCGCCAGAGACUCCUUCACGCUUGCGUUUCUGACGGCUGUGGUUUCAAGCGCCGCCGCCGUCGUCUUUAUCGAUAUCGGCUGGAACUGGAACUACUGGUGCUUGGCAAUAAUCCUGCUCGAGCUCGCCGUCUGCGUGGUCUGGGCAAACAAGGCUUGGCGACGCCAUGGCAACGAGGUGCUCGCCGCCGAAACGAACAGAAUCCGAAAACUCAACAAACAAGGAGGUGACCAAAGUGACGACUCGAUUUAG